AUGUAUAAAUUAGCACUCUGCACAUUGCUUAUCCUUAGCGUAACAGCAAUCGAUGUCACCAACUCAGUUUGGACAAGUCACGACCAAAAAGCUUUUGCCUAAAUCAAAUAAUCAGGUUGGGGAAAUUUCAUUUUGAACUUUGGUGAACUCCAUUUAUAAACAGGAGGUAUCCUCUCAGAAUUAAACACCGAAAUUGCCAAACUUAUUGACGAAUUGGAUGAGGAAUUGGCAGAAAUCCAUCACUAAUAUGCAAGAAGAACCGAUAUUCACAACAGAGAAGUCUAAAGACUUGAAUAAGAAAUCUAAGACAAAGAAAGAGAGGUCUUCAAUGCUCACGAUUUCUAUGAUAAUGUGUUGAUCCCAUAAAGAGAUAGAUUUGCUGCUCAACUUGAAUAAUUACAAGAAAACAUCGCUUAAAACAGAAGAACACUCAACGAGGCAACAGUCUAAAGAGCUAAAGAUCAUGCUGAAUUUGAAGCUUAAGUUGCUGAACACAAUGAAGCUAUCGGUGCCAUCGAUGAAUCCUUAUAAUUGCUCAGUCAAUUGGAAUCCCCAUCCCUUGUUCAAAUCCAAAAGGUCUAAAAGAAUUUGACCAAAAUCGAAUAAUCCCUCAAGAGACACAGCACAUUCUAAACAUUCAUUAAGACUCUUUUGGAAAUUGCAGUUGAAGCUAACUUUGCUGAUCAAGGUGCUCUUAAAGAAAUUCUUACCGCAUUCAACAAUUUGAGAGUCCAAUUGGUUGACUCCCUCAAUCAACUCACCGCUGACGAAGCUGAAGCUUAAAAGGACUUCGAAGCAAGAGUCAUCUAAUUAAACUCAGAACAUGCUGAAUUCUAAAGAGCUGUUAUUGUAAAGACUGCUGAAAUCGAGGCUAAUGCAAACAAGAUUGAAUAAACCCUUGAUUUGAUCGACGUCUUACACGCUGAUUUGGAUACUUUGAACGGAUAAUUGUAAGCUGAAAACGACGACUAUGCCUUUGCAACUGAUGUCUACAAUGCCACCGUCGCUGAAUACAACAAGGAAUUGAAUGCUGCCCAUUAAGCUUUGGACUUAUUAAACCAACCAAGAUUCACCGAUUAUGUUAAAUCAUAACUCAAGGGUGCAUUUUGAUAUUAUUCAUUCAAUAAUAGUAAAUGAAUUCAUUGUAUAAACCAUUCUUCAUUAAUUCAUACAACUCAAA